UUUCUUUUUCUUAUUUUCUUUUGCGUGUGAAGUUCACGCUGGUCCUUCUAUACCUAUUGUUUGUCCUUUCCAAAAGGAGCCCCCCAAACAUUUGAUCCUUGCGAGCCCAAUAAAUCGAAUCGUCCUUAAAAUUUACAGUCUAUUUAACUAUCCAAAAGUGUUUAAUCGCAACCUUGGUUUGAAGUCCAUAGCAAGACGCAGAUAUUUCCGUUAAAAAAAACAUUUGUUUACCAUUUUUUAUAGCAACGCUUGACCAAGUAGCAUUCCUAUGACACUGGUGUCGAUUUCCAUUUGUCCGAGUAAUGUGCGGUUGCAAUAACCGAUAACCGGUCAGUUUUUUAACCCAUUGUUGUGACAGGUGACAAGACAUAACGUCAAUGUUUUGUUAUUGUUUACCUAACCCAAUUUUUGAUUGUUACCUUUGUGAUUUUGCCCAAUAGAAAUUUGAACUUUAACUCUUUGAUUGAUAAAAGUUCAUUUUUACCGACCAAUAUACCCUUUUGUGAUUCAACGUUAUUCCGGCGUUGUUUAUACCAGUGAUUUAUCCACAAAUCUUCCGAUUUGUUUGGAUACCCCAUUCCAUUAACGUUUAUUGUGGAACGUUAAAUUAUUAGUGCUUCAUUCCUUUGUGAUAUUCGACGUUAUUCCGGCGUUGUCUAUACCAGUGUUAUAUACACAAACCUAACAAUUUGUCUGGAUACCAAUUUCCAUUAAUUCCAUAUUGUGGAGGUUUUAUUUAGUAUUUACCAUUCUUAGUUACCAUUAUGUCUACAAAUCAGCCAGUAGCAGCUAAAUUAAUAAAGAAGCGUCAGUCCUAUAUUAAACGAUUAGAAGCCAUAUAUAAUUUGGCUGUUGAGUGUCAAAACCAUCCUUCCAAGUUGAAUUUACUGAGAGCCCGCGCUGAGGAUUUCCCUAGUAUUUGUUCUUCUUUUGAGACUUUGCAUUUAGACAUUUUAGCUUGCUCUGAUGAUGACAAACAGGAUGAGCAACAUUCUCUUGGAAAUACCUUUGAUGAAAUGAAAUAUGUUGUUCAUUCCUUGCUUCGAGAGUUACUCCCUCCAGUAGAUGUUGUACCAAAAAGUGGCUGCAAAAGCAACAACCACUCCUUUAGUGAAUUGCCAAGUGAUGAUCAUGAUCAUGAUCUUGACCUACCUAGAAUUAAAGUCCCUGUCUUUUCUGGGAACAGACGAGACUGGCCUGCCUUUUAUGAUCUAUUUCGAACCCUUGUCCAUGAGAAAAGAUCCCUUUCUGAUAUACAAAGAUUCCAACAUCUCCAAAUGGCUGUUCAAGGCGAAGCAGCUGAGCUUAUUAGAAACAUUGCCUUAACUGAAGCUAAUUAUCCUGUGGCUUUUAAUGCUUUAAUUGAGCGUUUUGAGAAUAAGAGAGCCCUAGCAACUGACUAUUGGCUAGCUAUAUAUAAUGCACCUCCAGCCAAAACUCACUCUGCCGGUGAUCUGAGAAGACUUAUCACUACCUUUUCCCAAAAUAUGGAGGCUUUAAAUUCCUUGCAAGGAAUUGAUUUGUGGGAUUUUACCAAAUUAAAUUUGCUAUUGCAAAAAAUUGACCCUUCCUUAAAAACCCGAUUUGAAAUUGAAUGCAGUGAUAAACCCAUUCCCAGAUAUGGAGAUUUGACUAGAUUUUUAAACAAAACAUGUAAAGCCUUGGAAAAUAGUGUCCUUCUUAAUGAGCCCAAAGUAGUAUCUCAAUCCAAUUCGAAACAAAAGGAAUCUUAUGACCCUAAUAGAUCUAAAAGAGUGGUUCCAGCCAAAGCUUAUAUGACCAAUACCGAGCAGAAAUGUUUGUUCUGCAACCUGAGUUCACACCCCCUUGUAAAGUGUACCAAGUUUAUUGAAGCAGAGGUUUCAGCAAGAUAUUCCUUUGUUAAACAGCAGCAUAUGUGUUUCAAUUGUUUCUCCAGGACUCAUAGUGUUCCUAGAUGUCUUGGAACCAAGGUUUGUAAAAUUUGUUCCAAGAAACACCAUACUUUGCUGCACUUCCAACCUAUCAAUGAUGUUCCCAAUGUUAGUGAAGUCAAGGAACCCCCUACUGUUAAUGCCACUUCUGUAGUGCCUUGCUUGACAAGUGUGCUUUCCCAUGAAGAACCUACUUUGUUUGCUACAGCUGAAAUAUCAGUGUACAAUAUUUCUCAAGAUUUGUUUCCUUGUCGUGCUAUGCUUGACUGUGCUAGUGUGGCUAAUUUUGUGACCUUAUCUUGUGUACAGCAACUUGCUCUACCCAUUACACCUAGCCAAAUUCCUAUUCAAGGCAUAAACAAUAUGUCUACAGCUUCGUCAUUAGGUACAGUUAAGCUAAAGGUUUUGUCCACAACUGGCCCAUGUUUGGAAUUUGAAGCAAUUGUUGUGCAUUCCAUUUGUGAAAAUACCCCAACCUUUCCAAUUAAUCCCUCCAAGUGGAAACAUUUGAGAGGUCUUGAAUUAGCCGACAAGAAUUUUGCUGUACCCCAUGGUAUAGAUUUGCUCCUAGGUGUUCCUUUGUUUUCCGAGAUUAUUCUCCCAGGUUUUAGGAAAAGUAUCAAUGGUAGUCCAUGUGCUAUUAAAACCAUAUUUGGAUGGAUUUUAAUAGGUGGCAAUAAUACUCCCACUAAUGAAUUUGUGUCAUUGUGUACCUAUGUGCCAAGUACCAUCCCAGUUGAAAGUCCUCUUGAUAUCAAUUUGCAUAAAUUUUGGGAGCUUGAGGAUGUUCCAGAUAAGGUUCUCUUGAGUCCUGAGGAACAGAAAUGUGAAGAUUUCUUUGUUUCCACUUGUUCUCAAAAACCUGAUGGACGCUAUGUAGUGCGUCUUCCCUUUAAGCAACCAGACAUUGACUUGGGUGAUACCAGACAUCAAGCCUUGAGACGUUUCAAUUUGUUGGAGAACAGAUUGAUUAGAAAUCCAAGUCUUCGAAGCUUGUAUAACGAUUUUAUGCAAGAUUAUUUGGAUCAAAACCACAUGAUACCCUGUACUUCCGCUGACAAUCUUUCAUAUUAUUUUCCUCACCAUUGUGUUGUCAAAGAUGACAGUGGAACUACUAAAAUUAGAGUUGUAUUUGACGGAUCCUCAAAAGGCUCUAAUAACCUUAGCUUAAAUGAUGUUUUAUUGCCAGGUCCAAAACUCCAAAACGAUAUUGUUACCAUUUUGUUAACCUUUAGAUUUUUCCCCAUUGUGUUUAGCACCGAUAUUCGCCAAAUGUAUAGAAUGAUUGGCAUCCAUGAACAAGAUUUAAAAUACCAAAAGAUUUUAUGGAGGUUUGAUCCUUCAAACCCUAUUCAAGAAUAUACCUUGUGUACUGUCACUUAUGGUCUAAAUUGUAGUCCAUAUUUGGCAAUCCGAACCUUACACCAAUUAGCCAAGGAUUAUGGAAAAGAAUUCCCCCUUGCUCGUGACAUUCUUUUAAAGUCAACUUACGUGGAUGAUAUAAUUGGUCUUGGUCAUUCAGUUAAAGGAAUCUUAGAACUUCAGAAGCAAUUAACAGAUUUACUCUUUUGCGGUGGGUUUGAGCUUCGAAAGUGGACCUCUAAUUGUAAGGAGUUGUUAUCCCUAGUGCCUGAAUCACAUCAACACAAUAUCUCCUUUAAUGACAAUGCCAAUUGUACCUUAAAAAUUCUGGGGUUACAGUGGAACCCAGUGUUAGAUGUAUUUUCCUAUUCAGUAAAACCAAUCGCGCGUGAGUGCACCAAAAGAGUUAUCUUGUCCGAAAUAGCCAAGAUUUAUGAUCCAUUAGGGUUUGUAGCUCCAGUUGUAUUAGUUGCCAAGUGCCUUAUUCAGCGUCUUUGGAUUCAAGGCGUUGGAUGGGAUGAAGUUCCUACUUCAGAUGUCGUUAACCAAUGGCAAGUGUAUGUCUCCCAACUUCCUUUAUUAUCCUCAUUUGCGAUUCCACGUCACGUAACUAUUUCUGAUGCUGUUUGCACUGAAUUACAUGGUUAUUGUGAUGCAUCUUUGUUAGCCUAUGGUGGUGUCUUAUACAUGAGACAAAUUGAUUCUGAAGGUAACGUACAUGUAAAUUUACUAUGCGCAAAAAGUAAGGUGUGUCCUUUAAAGGUUCUAUCCGUUCCCCGAUUGGAGACAUGUGCAGCUUUGCUUCUUUCCAAUUUGAUGCAUUUUGUGAUUACCAAUUCUCCCAUUAAAUUUGACAGAAUCUAUGCUUGGUCUGACUCCAGUGUAGCCUUGUAUUGGAUUAAAAGUCAUCCUUCCCGGCUUAAGACUUUUGUAGCCAAUCGUGUUCAGCAGAUCCAAGAUAGAAUUCCUCCCAAUAGGUGGUUUCACAUCAGUGGUGUAGGAAACCCUGCUGAUUGCCUUUCUCGUAGUUUGUUGCCCAAGCAAUUGCUUGACCAUCCGUUAUGGUUCAAUGGCCCCCCAUGGUUAAAGUUGUCUCACGAACUCUGGCCAACCCCUUUAGAGUUCGAUCCAAAGGAUAAUCCGAUUGCGCUUCAAGAAGAACGCAAAGUUACUUGUAAUUUAACCAUACCAGAAAAUUCAUGUGUUGUAAUUAGGCUGCUUGAGCGGUUUUCUUCCUUAAAAACUGUUCAACACAUCGUAGCAUAUUGUAUACGGUUCCGGGAUAAAGGUCUAAAGAAAAGAUCACUUCCCUUAUCCCAAAGUUUAAGUGCUGAUGAGAUAUAUCAAGCUACGUGUAUCAUUGUUAAAUCUGUCCAAGACAAAGUCUUUGUUGAGGAAAUUAAAUGCCUAAAAACCAAUUUAGCUACCCCUAAACCCUUUAGAAAACUUGCCCCGUUUUUGGACUCCCAUGGAGUCGUCAGGGUGGGCGGACGUCUGCGCCAUUCUGAUUUACCAUUUGAUGCCAAGCAUCCUAUGCUUCUUCCCAGAGAUCAUCGAUUGACCUCGUUAAUUAUUGAAAUGUUUCAUAAAGAUCAUGGCCAUCCUGGUCCACGUCUUUUACAAUAUCUUUUAAGACAGCAAUUUUGGAUCUUAUCUAUUGGUAGAGCCGUAAAUUCUGUCCUAUCCCAAUGUUUUAGAUGUCAUAGAGUGAAACCAAUUCCGUUUUCCCCUUUCAUGAGUGAUAUACCCAAAGUUCGUAUUUCCCAAGUUAAACCAUUUUCACAGUGUGGAGUGGAUUAUAUGGGCCCCAUACCACUUACCAUGUCUAGGCGUAGAGGUGUUCAAAGCCAAAAGGGCUAUAUAUGUCUGUUUGUGUGCAUGGUUACCAAAGCCCUACACCUUGAAGUAGCGUCCGAUUUGUCCUCUGAAUGCUUUUUAGCGGCAUUUAGACGCUUUGUUUCACGUCGUGGCAGAUGCUCUGAUAUGUACAGUGACCAAGGCACCAAUUUUGUGGGUGCUUCCCGAAUGCUUUUGUCCUAUCUGCAGGGUUCGGCAGAAACGUUGCAUAUUCAAUGGCACUUUAAUCCGCCUUCCGCACCACACUUCGGAGGCCUGUGGGAGGCAGGUGUUAAAUCGGUUAAAGCGCAUCUUGCGAGAGUGAUAGGUCAACAGGUAUUAUCCUUUGAGGAAAUGUCCACUGUUUUGGCGCAAUGUGAAGCCAUUUUGAAUUCCAGACCACUCUGUGAGAUGAGUUCCAACCCCAAUGAUUUAGAGUGUCUUACUCCUGGUCAUUUCCUGACCAUGGAAGCUCUUACCGCCCCUCCUGAUGAGGCACUAAUCGAUAUCCCUUUUCAUCGACUGAAACGUUGGCAAUUGAUUCAGCAAUUGCACCAAAGCUUCUGGAAACGUUGGUCUUUGGAAUACCUAAAUCGAUUGCAACAACGCAAUAAAUGGACUCUCCCUGACCGUUGUCCAAAAGUUGGCUCUCUUGUCGUAAUCAAAGACAAUAACCAACCCCCUCUUAAUUGGCUUAUUGGUAGGCUGGAAAGGAUUUACUCCAGUCCCGAUAACGUUCCCAGAGUUGUGCAAAUUCGUACAACGAAAGGACUAUUGGACCGACCCCUAAUAAAGGUUUGUCCUUUGCCAUCUCAAUAAGUUUGAGACCAUUCUUUAUUUAUUUUAUUAUUUUCUUUCUUUUUUUUUUUCUCCUUUUUUCAUUAUUUUCUCGGUUGUGUGUUGUUCUACCAAUGGAUGAAAUUAUAAUUUGAAUUAGCUAACCAUUUUUAUUUUGUUGUUUAUUGAGGAGUUUUGCUAUGGAAAUCCUUAUCAGGUGUGAUUACACACUUGACCUUUUAAGUUGCCUAAGAGAAAAAAUUGUAUUUUUUGGUGGGCGGAAUGUUUGGAAUUGGCAAAUUUAAAGGGUAUUUGAAUGCACCGCCAAUUUUGUUAGAAGUAUUGAUUAUUUUAAUUGACCAAUAACAAUCCAUAUCCGCGUGCAUGCGUCAAUGAUGGCUUGGACAGGUGCACGCUUCCUCCCGCGAGAGACGGGCUUUUUGAUCGGUACCAUCAUACGAUACGCAUCGAAAUAUAGAAUAGCGUGUGUGUUGAGAAAACUGGCCGGCCAACCAUCUAAUCUACAGUUCUACAUAUACCAAUUCAUCGAGUGUCAGCAAACCAAAACCGAACGAUCUUUUGGCUACUACGGAUCUUCUGCAUAGCUUGCAUCAGGUAUCUAUCAACAGAUCUUUCUUUUGAAGCUCUGAGCGAAACAUUUCGCAUGAAUAACUACACCGUGGGUAAAAUCGUAGAAGAAACUGCUGAUGCUAUUUGGAACCAAUUAGCUCCAAUCCAUUUACCGGUUCCAAAUCGAGCAAGAUUUCUUGAAAUUCCUGCAGAAUUUAAGGACAUGUGGAACUGUCCUAACUGUGCCGGUUGCAUAGACGACAAACAUGUUAAAAUCAAAGCUCCUCGGAACAGUGGUACCAUGUUUUACAACUAUAAAAAAUUUUUCUCUGUUAAUCUGCACGGUGUAGCAGAUGCUCGGUGUAAAUUCAUAUUCAUUGACGUUGGACCCUUCGGAAAGCAAAGUGACGGGGGCGUAUUCGAAGCUUCUCCAAUCUCAACUUUUUUUGAACAUUGCUCUGAAACGUUGCCAGCUCCUUCACCAUUCGAUGACAGUGACACUCUGGUUCCAUUUGUUCUAGUCGGUGACGAUGCGUACCCUUUAAAGAUUUUUUUAAUAAAACCAUUCAGUCAAAGAAAAAUGACCGAAGCACAGCGCGUUUUCAACUAUCGAUUGUCACAGUGCAGAAGGUGUAUAGAAUGCGCAUUUGGAAUUUUAACUGCAAAAUGGAGAUUACUCUACAAAGCCAUUGAAAAAGAGGUAGAAAAAGCUGAGAAAAUAAUCAAAUGCAUGUGCCUUCUGCAUAAUUUGAUUAUUGACAAAGAGAAUAUUACACUGAAUCAACGAGUUUUUGAAGACGCUCUACAGGAAUACCAACAAAAACAUAAAAGACCAGAUCUUGGCGGAAGACGAUUUAACAGAUCCUCUACCGCUGCACAAGAGGUGAGAAAUUUCUACAAAGACUACUUCAAUGACCCUGGAAGUGUUUCGUGGCAGAAUGAAAUGGUCUUCAACGUUAAUAAUAAGAGAUAAACCUUAGAUACAGCGAGGCAGACAGAAUACUGCACUAUGGAAUUAAACAUUAUAUGAUGAAAAUUUUGGUUUUUUUUUACCUACAUUAUAGCAUGAUAAAAUUUCGGUCGUUAAUAAUUACGGGGCA